CCUGGCCCAGCUCCUACCCCUGGCCCCGCCGGGUCCUCUCCGCCCCUCCGCGCCCGAGGUGUCAUUGGACGGGGGAGACGCUAGCCAACUUCAGGCUGCUGGAGGAAGCCCGUGCAGUCACCUGGGUGCAAGAGCGUUGCUGCCUCCUCGGGCGCUCCCGCUACAGGGGAGCGGCAGUCGCUGGCCUGGAUGUGGUUGGAUUUGGGGGGACUCCGCAGCUGGAGUGUCGUGGCGUUGGCGAGCGCUGCAACAGGUAGACGCCGAGACGGACCCCGGCCGAGGCAGCUAUGGAGACCAAAGGCUACCACAGUCUCCCUGAAGGUCUAGAUAUGGAAAGACGGUGGGGUCAAGUUUCUCAGGCUGUGGAUCAUUCAUCCCUGGGACCUACAGAGAGGACCGAUGAGAACAACUACAUGGAGAUUGUCAAUGUAAGCUGUGUUUCCGGUGCUAUUCCAAACAACAGUACUCAAGGAAGCAGCAAAGAAAAACAUGAACUACUCCCUUGCCUUCAGCAAGACAAUAAUCAGCCUGGGAUUUUAACAUCUGAUAUUAAAACGGAGCUGGAAUCUAAGGAACUUUCAGUAACUGUAGCUGAGUCCAUGGGUUUAUACAUGGAUUCUAUUAGAGAUGCUGAGUACACCUAUGAUCCGCAGAACCAGCAAGGAAGCCUGAGUCAAGCAAAGAUUUAUCAGAAUGUUGAACAGUUGGUGAAAUUUUAUAAAGAGAACGGCCAUUGUCCUUCCACGGCAGGGAUGAGCAGGCCCUUGAGAUCUUUCAUGGCUGACUCGGGGAGCUCUGUGAAUGGUGGGGUCGUGCGUGCCAUCGUUAAAAGCCCCCUCCUGUGUCAUGAGAAGAGCCCGUCUGUUUGCAGCCCUCUGAACAUGACAUCUUCAGCGUGCAGCCCCGCUGGACUCAGCUCUGUGUCCUCCACCUCGGCCAGCUUUGGCAGUUUCACCGUGCACAGCCCUAUCACCCAGGGCACCCCCUUGACCUGCUCCCCGAAUAUCGAGACUCGAGGUUCCAGGUCGCACAGCCCAGCGCAUGCUAGCAAUGUGGGCUCUCCUCUCUCAAGUCCAUUAAGUAGCAUGAAAUCCCCAGUUUCCAGCCCUCCAAGUCACUGCAGUGUAAAAUCUCCAGUCUCCAGUCCAAAUGUCACUUUGCGAUCUGCAGUGUCCAGCCCGGCCAAUAUCAAUAACUCAAGGUGCUCCGUUUCCAGCCCUUCCAACACGAAUAACAGAUCCACGCUUUCCAGUCCAACUGCUAGCACCGUGGGGUCCAUCUGCAGCCCUGUUAGCAAUGCCUUCAGCUACACUGCUGCAGGCACCCCUCUGGGAUCCAGUGCGGCCCGGGACGUGGUUUCCAGCCCAGACACACACGAGAAAGGUGCUCAUGAGGUCUCCUUUCCCGAGAUCGAGGAAGCAGAGAAUGCCACCUCCAACGGUGUGACGGGCCAGCUUAACAUCGUCCCGUACAUCAAACCAGAGCCAGAUGGAGGUUUUAGCAGCUCGUGUCUAAGAGGAAAUAGCAAGAUGAAUCCCGCUUCCCCAUUCUCAGUACCAAUCAAACAAGAAUCAACCAAGCAUUCGUGUUCAGGCACCUCCUUCAAGGGGAAUCCGACCGUGAACCCAUUUCCAUUCAUGGAUAGCUCCUAUUUUUCCUUUAUGGAUGAUAAAGACUAUUAUUCUCUAUCAGGAAUUCUAGGCCCGCCUGUGCCCGGCUUCGACGGUAGCUGCGAAGGCAGCGGCUUCCCCGUGGGGAUUAAACAGGAACCAGAUGACGGGAGCUACUACCCAGAGGCCAGCAUCCCGUCCUCUGCCAUUGUUGGUGUGAACUCAGGUGGACAGUCCUUUCACUACAGGAUUGGUGCUCAAGGUACAAUAUCUUUGUCACGAGCGGCUAGAGACCAAUCUUUCCAGCACCUGAGUUCCUUUCCUCCUGUCAAUACCUUGGUGGAGUCGUGGAAAUCCCACAGUGACCUGGCAUCUCGGAGAAGCGAUGGCUAUCCGGUCCUAGAGUACAUUCCAGAAAAUGUAUCAAGCUCUACGUUACGAAGUGUUUCUACUGGAUCCUCAAGACCUUCCAAGAUCUGUUUGGUGUGUGGAGAUGAGGCUUCAGGCUGCCACUAUGGGGUAGUAACCUGUGGCAGCUGCAAAGUGUUCUUCAAAAGAGCAGUGGAAGGGCAACACAACUAUUUAUGUGCUGGAAGAAAUGAUUGCAUCAUUGAUAAGAUUCGACGGAAGAAUUGUCCUGCCUGCAGACUUCAGAAAUGUCUUCAAGCCGGAAUGAAUUUGGGAGGAUUUAAAAACUUGCCUCUUGAGGACCAAAUCACCCUCAUCCAGUAUUCUUGGAUGUGUCUAUCCUCGUUCGCCUUGAGCUGGAGGUCGUACAAACACACGAACAGCCAAUUUCUCUAUUUCGCACCAGACCUGGUCUUUAAUGAAGAGAAGAUGCACCAGUCCGCCAUGUAUGAGCUGUGCCAGGGCAUGCACCAGGUCAGCCUGCAGUUCGUCCGACUGCAGCUCACCUUUGAAGAAUACACCCUCAUGAAAGUGUUGCUGCUGUUAAGCACAGUUCCCAAGGAUGGCCUCAAAAGCCAAGCUGCAUUUGAAGAAAUGAGGACAAAUUACAUCAAAGAGCUGAGGAAGAUGGUAACUAAGUGUCCCAACAAUUCUGGGCAGAGUUGGCAGAGGUUCUAUCAACUGACCAAGCUUCUGGACUCCAUGCAUGAUCUGGUGAGUGACUUGUUGGAAUUUUGCUUCUAUACCUUCCGAGAGUCCCAGGCCCUGAAGGUGGAGUUCCCCGCGAUGCUGGUGGAGAUCAUCAGCGACCAGCUGCCGAAGGUGGAAUCCGGGAACGCCAAGCCGCUUUACUUCCACAGGAAGUGACGGACUCAUCGUAGCAGAAGAACUUUGCCUUAAGUUCCCCUGUGUUGUUCCACACCCACGAAGGACCCAAGAAAUCAUAUUUUUAGCAGGUGAUGGUUGAGUCACACUCGUUCAGCAGUUUCUGGAGUUUAAGGUAGCCAUAAAGGUUUGGGGCCGGGUUAGAAGUUAGACGUGGAUUUGGCAAGACCUGAACAGUCUAAACUCUAAAGGACUCUCCCCUCUCCAGUCCCCAGCGCUUAGAAACACGUUCCUCUGGAUGAAAAGCCAUAUCUAGUCAAUAACUCUCUGAUUUUGAUACUUUAACAGAUGGAAGUUUUAACAAUGCCAUGUAGUUUCUGGUAUCAGCCGCUUGUUUUAAAAGGGUUCAAGGACUAAUGAACUUUUUAAAGCUUACCCUUGGUUUGCACAUAAAAUGUAUAGGCUAUAUGGGGCAUUAAUAUUCUUUUUGUUAUUUAAAAAAACAAAAAAAAAGAAAAAACCUAUACAGACUCCCGUUGUGUAAUAACAGAGCACGCGGCAUGGGAGAGCGCCCCCCUCUGGCUCGCACUCGCCCAUGUUCCUCUGCAUCAUUGGCGUUCCUCCCCCUUCAGCGUCCAUUGGUUAAUUAGAAUGGAUAAGAUGUUAAAAACAAAUGCCUCGGUUUCAAUUUCUAGUAUCUAUUGUGUUGGCUUUACAGAUAAUUUUUUGCAGUCUUUUGCUGUGCUGUACAUUACUGUAUGUAUAAAUUGUGAAGGACCUGAGUUAUAUAUGGUAUAAGGAACUUUUGUAAAUGCGAAAAAAAAGAUACAAAAAAAACUUCAAUGGUUAAUAGGAAGAAUGGGAAAGUAUUUUUGAAAGAAUUCUAUUUUGCUGGAGACUAUUUAAGUACUAUCUUUGUCUAAACAAGGUAAAAAUUUCUUUUUGUAAAGUGAGAUGCUCUGCAUGCCUAAUGAACCGUUUACAGUGUAUUUAA